AUGUACAAGGAGACGAAACGUCGAAAGCUUGCGAUAGAGGAGAUUCAAUCCUCGCUUAUCCGAAAGCGAUCAAACACGACAACUACUAUUGAGCAGGAGCCCUUGUCUCAGCUGCCUACACCAGUAUCAGGGAGUCCUGAAUCCAAGAGCUUCGAAAAUCGAUCCGUCACAGAAACAGCCGAGGUGCCGACAGUGUCGAACAAGCCCGAUCCGCCAGCUGCUCCUCCACAUCUUGCGGAAGACGUAUUGUCGCAACCAACCGCCGAAGGAAUUUUCCAAAAUAUCAGGAUGCAGUAUUUCGAGGCUCUAUACCAUUCGAAGGGCUCAUUGGCGUAUUUUGCAAAGGGGCCGCUCUCUAGGGCACGAGCGGCUUUCCACUUGGACUGCGACUUGAACCUCGAAAUGAACGACCUCAUUGAUUUCCUCAGGAGUCUAGUCCUGACGACAGCUUUGAUAGACAAGAAGUAUCGUGAAACUUUGCCCGAAGUUAUCGGCAAGAUGAAGACUGUCGUGGAGGACUCCGAUCAAGGGCGUGCGCAGCCGAAGCCUAGAAAGAAGAGGGCCAAGAAACCAAAGCUCGGCAAAAAUGGACUAUACCCGUCGGAAGAGGAGCAUAUCGAGCGAUGGUGGGUGACGCACAAGCCGAGUACUAUACAGGACGAUGAGAAGAUGGCCACUGCGCCAGAGGCCAAACACCACAUCUCGGUCCUACGGCGCCGGGAGACUCAAUUGCAGAUGAUCAUAAUACUCGAGAUACUGGCUCUCGAGCCUCUGAACAGACCAGUAGAAGCUACAGAGGACAGCCAGUUGCCGGGCUUGGAGACGCAAGGAACGUUAGGAGGCGCCAAACCGGAAGCAAACAAAAAGAAGAGCAGGACGACCAACCUGCCGCUAUUGCUGGAUAUGCAUGCUGAUCGCCUGUGUAUUUGGCAGAGCACAACUUUGGAUGAAGUUAAGGCUUUGACAGAUUCACAGCCUUCUGCUGACGAUCAAGAGUCGCCAGCAGAGAAUAGCAAUUCAGAUCCUUUGCGAGAUUUCUGUGUCGACAUUAUCGUACCAUUUUUCUCUGCUCGACUACCGGAGCUUUGCGAUUCCAUCAACCGCAAGCUAGGCGGUCCGGUGAUACAAGCCCCCAAAGAAAAGGCCAAGACAGUUGUGGCAUCCAAGCCAAAGCCUGGCGCUCCCGCAAAACGAGUUACGGCGACUAAAAAGGAGAAUGAAAGAACUCUUCAGCGUGUGCUGUCCAAUGAGCGCAUGAAACGGAGUGUCUCGAGGGGACCAGGUGGGACGAUCGCACUGCUGCGCUCGGCCAGUGCCACUGCAAUCCCGGGCCUGAAAAGAGAAGGCAGCGAACCCCUGUUAGGGAUGAUACCCAAGGGUGAGGCUGUAGCUGUGAAAGAGAAGAACGUUUCCAUCUUCUCGCGGAGCGCCGGGUCUUUGGGAAACAAUGAAGACGCCAAGGCGAAAAAGAAGGCACGUCUCGAGGCCGAGCUCAAGGAGGCCAUCUCCGCGCUUAAGAAGCCAAACCGGGCCCUGGCUGGCAAAGAGAUUGUCGAGGAGGCUGAGAGACGUACAGCCCAGCCCAAGAGUAAGCUCAACAAAAAGCAACCAAGAGCCGCCGGCGUGCAAAUCAAGGCCACGCCCGCGAACAAUCGCUUCAAGGACGUAUUCACCAAAGAAUCACAGCCUCUGCACCUGGAUCAUCUCUUCGAAGAGGAUGGUGCCGCCAUACCGUCCAGCGCCUCAGUUGUCCCUGCCUCGACUCUACCUCGCAAGUUUACCAAUGUGUUUGCCACCUCUACCUCCCCCAACACCGGCCAAGGCGGCAACCCGUCUUCUCAAACAGGAGAUGAAGCCAGGCAGAUCCCACCGCACAAGCAAGUCCAGGAGACUCCUCUAAGGAAGAAGUCCGUCCCACAGAUUUCCCUCCCUCAAAUCGACGAGGAAGUUGAGGAAGCGACCCCGGUACCCCCGUCGAAGAACGUGGAUGUACACGUCCAAGCAACCCCUGUGCGCAAACAGCGCUUCACACAGCAGAAACUACCAGUACCCCAUCGUCCAGAUGACCAUUUACAAGUACCGCAGGCAACAACAACAACAACAACAACGAUAACAACAACAACCCCUCAACGAAAACGACAUGUUCAGGGAACUCCUAUGCGGAAUCGCAAGUCCCUACAAUCACUGCCCCAGAUCGUGGAGGAAGAAGACUUAUUAGACGAUCUGCUUACCCACAGCAUCCCUUCUUCUUCGCCGCCGGUCUUUGCACAAAGGGGGGCGGGGGCGGGGGCGGGGGCGAUUGCGCCCAUGUUUAAUAGGGGCGCGAAACCUCACCAGCAACAGCAGCAGCAGCGAUACCUAGGUCUAGUCCCUCCCACCCCGCUCGGUAACCGCUCCGGUAAUAAAGGAGCUACUGCAGCUACCUCAACAGCGGGAGACUUCCCUCCUUCCUCGCCCGGGUUUGCCUUUGCGGAGACCCCGCUGAACAAAACCGCAAAAACAAAGACCGUCACGGUAUCCGCUGCGAUCGCUGGGGUCGUGGAUGACACCCCGAUUAAAUCUAGGCUUCCGAGUGCUUUUACCUCAUCAGCAGCGGGGACCGGUGAGAAUAACCGCCCCUUCAGCAGCAGCAGCAGCAGCAGUGGAAGCAGAGGCAUUACCAAGAUCAAGAAAGAGAAGGACAACAACUCGCCGCCGGUUAGUAUAUACCAGCGUUUGGGGUGGGACGAUACAGAUGAUGAUUUAGCAUGA